AUGGACGAUCAGGCUUGUCCACGAUGUAAAACCACAAAAUAUCGUAACCCGUCACUGAAGUUGAUGGUCAACGUAUGCGGGCAUACGUUAUGUGAAUCAUGUGUGGAUUUACUCUUCUUAAAGGGUUCAGGUUCCUGUCCUCAGUGUAAUGUCGCUCUCAGACGUAACAAUUUCCGUAUACAACUAUUCGAAGAUCCUAUGGUGGAAAAGGAGGUCGAUAUACGUAAACGCAUACUCAGGGAUUACAAUAAGAAGGAAGACGAUUUCAAUACACUACAAGAAUACAAUGACUAUUUGGAGGAAAUAGAGACCAUUAUAUACAACCUUUGCAACAAUAUCGACAUUAUUGGCACAAAUAAACGAAUCGAACAAUACAAAAAGGAUAAUCGUGAAAUAAUACAACGUAACCGUACCCGCAUGGGUCGUGAGGAAAUUGAACUGGAGGAAAUGUUAGAGCUGGAAAAGACACAGGAGGAAUUACGUCGCCAGGAAUUGUUAAAUCUCGAAGCUGAACAGAAAAAGAAGAAAGCUCGCGAGAAGGAAGCUCUGAUCGAUGAACUUAUGUGCAGUGGAAAGGAUGCAAAUGCCAUCGUUAAUGAAUUUGCUGUGAAAGUCGAGAAGCUGCGAGAAGAAGAAAAACAAUUACCACCACCACCCAAACCGGCAACACAAUUUUCAUCGGGUAUUAAAUUUGGUCGUUCGGCUGAUCAUCACUUUCUACCCGUUCCCAAAGUCGAAGAAGGUCCUGUCUAUAUUCACGAAAGACCUGUGUUAUAUAUGGAGGGGCCUGCAGCACCACCAGUACAAGAAAUUGAAAGUCGUGGCUAUAUGGCACAUGUUCGAGCGGAAAAUCUAACCGAACGGGCUGGUGGUUAUCGGGCUACAUAUGCCUGUCAACGAGCAUUGCUCGAAGCAAUGCAAGGUCUAUUUCAUGGUGCUGCCGUUACAAACUGA